GAUUUUGCGAGCAGAAAAAUCUUUUAAAAUGUUUAGAUUUGGUGCAAAAACACUAAAUUUAUCCCUCAAACAGGGAUCGAUCCGUUUCCAAAGUUCAUCAUUACUUAAAAACUUCCAAGGAGCAAAGAAUGAGUUUCAUGCUGUGAGGUGCCUGAGCAACCAGUCGAAUGGAAGGACUGAUGGGCAGCAGCACUCCUGGAGCCAAGGUCAUGAAAGCCGGCAGAAAUGGAGCUUGAUGCUUGGUGGUUGUGCAUUACUUGGUGGCACAGCAUUUUUGGCACUGAAAAAGGAUGAAGUCACAGAGGCAACACAAAGUCUCAGAGAAGCCUUUACCCAGAGGGCCACCGUCCAUGCAUCUGCUGUCAUCAAAAGUGAUAUCCCCGAUUCUGUCAACUAUCUUUUGAUCGGUGGCGGCACUGCCAGCUACUCUGCGGCAAAAACUCUGAAGAAGCAAUCUCCUAAGGACAAGAUACUCAUCAUCACGGAGGAGAGCAAUCUUCCAUACUCCAGGCCUCCGUUAUCCAAACAGUUGUGGAUGAGUGAAGAUGGGGCCAACCUCAAGUUCAAGGGGCGGGAUGGGAAACCUGCCAGUAUAUUCUAUGAGGAUCCCAGCUUUUACGUCCCAGCAGCUGAUAUGAUGAACAGCAAAGAAGUGGGUUACAAAUGCAACAGAAGGGUUGUAAAGCUUGACAUUCCUAACCAGAAAGCGGUUCUCGAUGAUGGCCACGAGAUCAAGUACGAUCGCUGCUUGAUUGCAACUGGAGGAAAGCCGAAGAAUAUCCCGGUCUUCAUGAACGCCGACCCGAAAGUCCAGGAGCGAGUUUCUUUGUUCAGAACUGCCCCAGACUUUCAGGAGCUUGAUGCCCUCACGAAAAAAGUCAAGUCUGUUGCAAUCAUUGGUGGAGGUUUCCUUGGCAGUGAGUUGGCUUGUGCCAUCGCAGCAAGAGAGGGCAAAUCUGGCAUGAAAGUUACUCAGAUGUUCCCAGGGACUGGUUGCUUUGGGCGAAUCCUUCCAGAAUACUUGAGCGAUUGGACAACAGACAAAGUACGCGCCGAGGGUGUUGACGUCAAGCCGGGCACGAACGUGACGUCUGCUUCGUACGCCAACGGUCAGGUGGCGCUGAAGCUGGAUAGUGGACAGACGCUCCUAGUGGACCAUGUCGUCGUCUGUGCCGGUUUAAACUUGAAUACAGACCUUGCCAAGACAUCAGGCUUGGAGGUUGAUGAGGUCCGGGGAGGGUACAAAGCAAAUGCAGAACUGGAGGCCAGGACAAAUGUUUUCGUUGCUGGCGAUGUUGCCUCAUAUUACGACAUCGAACUUGGCAGACGUCGCGUUGAACAUCAUGAUCACGCUACGCUCAGUGGCCGCAUAGCUGCUGAGAACAUGAUGGGUGCAGCUAAACCUUUUACAGAGCAGUCCAUGUUUUGGUCUGGUUUGGGCCGAUCUGUUGGCUUCCAAGCUGUCGGCAAGAUUGAUUCCAAACUUGCUACACUUGCUGUCUACACUCCUGCUACUAGCAAUCAACCUGUAGUUGUCAAGGAGACUGAAAAAGUUGUGGAAAGAUUCCCAUUUGGAGGAGGCAGACGCCGAAGGAAGGGGUUCGGCUGGUUCAACAAGAAGGUCAUCCAGAAUCCAGAUGACUUCAAGAAGGGUGUCAUUUUCUUCUUGGAGGAUGAUAAAGUGGUUGGCGUCAUCGUGUGGAAUAUAUUCAAUAAGUUGGGGGAAGCAAGAAAGGUUAUGCAACAGACCAAGCCAAAGGAUAUCACUGCCAUAGCCAAGCAAUUUGGACUCACUUAGAAGUCAAGUGCUGAAUCAAGACGUCCGUAUAGAUCAACGGCUUGGUUUGAUAGUAUUAUAUGUGUAACCAGCUGUACCGCCGAGUCCUCUGUCUCCUUGUCAUGGACUAGAAAAGUUGACGACACUUCCAAUAAAACAAAGCGUCUAUGUAGAUAAUUGGCGUAGUUUGAUAGUAUUAUAUGUGUUACCAGCUGUACCACCGAGUCCACUGUCUCAUUAUCAUGGACUAGAAAAGUUGACAACACUUCCAAUGUGGUAGGCUUUUAUUUAGGACAAAUAAAAGCAGUGUUAUUGUUUGACCAUGUCUUUUUAAGAAGGGACAUCAAUGCAACUCUUGGUCGGUGCGUUUUCCAGUUUCAAAUUCUUCAUUGUGUUACUCACCUAUUGCUUAGUUUCAUAUUUACCAGCUGUACCACCGGGUCCACUGUCUCAUUAUCAUGGACUAGAAAAGUUGACAGCAUUUCCAAUGUGGUAGGCUUUUAUUUAGGACAAAUAGAAGCAAUGUCAUUGGUUGACCGUGUCAUUUUAAGAAGGGACAUCAAUGCAACUCUUGGUCGGUGCGUUUUCCAGUUUCAAAUUCUUCAUUGUGUUACUCACCUAUUGCUUAGUUUCAUAUUUACCAGCUGUACCACCGGGUCCACUGUCUCAUUAUCAUGGACUAGAAAAGUUGACAGCAUUUCCAAUGUGGUAGGCUUUUAUUUAGGACAAAUAGAAGCAAUGUCAUUGGUUGACUGUGUCUUUUUAAGAAGGGAUGUCAAUGCAACUCUUGGUCGGUGCGCUUUUCAGAAUUCUUCACAGUAUGCUGUGCAUCUACAUGUAUGUGCUAAAAUAUUGUGUCUGCUACAUGCGAGUUGCUCACCUAUUGCUUAGUUUCAUAGUUACCAGCUCUACCACCGGGUCCACUGUCUCAUUACGUAUCAUGGAAUAGAAAAGUUGACAACACUUCCAAUGCGGUAGGCUCUUAUUUAGGACAAAUAGAAGCAGUGUUAUUGGUUGACUGUGUCUUUUUAAGAAGGGACGUCAAUGCAACUCGUGGUCGGUAUGCUUUCCAGUUUAAAAUUCUUCACAGUAUGCUGUGCAUCUACAUGUAUGUGCUAAAAUUUUGUGUCUGCUACAUAUAAUAUACUCACAUAUCUCGUGUUUAUCUACUAUAAGAAAUGCUACCUGUUUGUUCUUACAUGCAGUUAUGGAAAGACGAGUUUCCUCAGCCGGGCUUGAAGUGGCGCCAUUUUUUCAUUUAAAGUGUCACUAAGGACAUGAAGGAGCCUCAUAGCCUAGUGGUUAACACUGCUAGCUACCACGCAAUAGGGCCCGGGUUCGAUCCCGGGGAGAACCCAGGAUUGUAUUUCUGGAUGAACCGGCGUGGCUUUCAAGGAACUAAAAUUCCUGGCUCUUCACAACACGUACAUUAACGUAUGAAAUACUCGAGGGUCUGUCGGAUGAGACUAAAAGCCGUGGUCCCUUGUACCUGAGUGUCUGAGCCAGGGCAAGUAAAAGAUCCCACAUAGGUGGACAGUAGCCAAUAGUGGACUCCAUACUUCCGGCAAAAAUCCAAUAGGGUUACGACGCCGGUAAUGAUAUGAUGAUAUCGAUAGCAUUUAAAAUUUGUUAGCAAUACAGAUUAGCUGUGAGACACCAGCAAGAUGAAUCAAAACUGACCAAAUUUCGGUGCAGAAAUAGUACAUCAUGAAAUACAUCUGACAAAUGAAUAGGCUGCAACACGUUGGCUUCUGGGUUUUCACUCGAGCAGGCUCUAGCAGCCCUACUUUACCCUAGAGGCCAAUUCGGUUGAGAAUGCCAAUUGCCGCAGUAGGCCUACUGUUUAAGUGAUUAUGUAUGUAAAAUAGUUUUGAAUACACAAGA